AUGGCUAGUCCUGUUGGCGAAGCUGCGGAAACGGAAAUAAUUACCAUUAUUGUAAAAUGGAGUGGGAAGGAAUACCCAAUUGAUACGGUAUCUUUGAGAAACACCGUAGGUCAUUUAAAAUUAGCUGUAGAAGCCAAAACUGGUGUCUUAGCAAGACGCCAGAAACUACUUGGAUUAAAAUACAAAGCUAAACCACCAGCUGAUGAUGUACCAUUGAAUCAGCUCAAUCUUAAACCAAAUUGUAAAAUCAUGAUGAUGGGAACGCGCGAGGAAGCUUUGGAAGAGGUUAUUAAUCCAUCUACAGAUUGGGGUAAUAAUGUAGUCAAUGAUUUAGAGGUUGAAGAGGAGGAAGAGAUUGCAAUUGAAAAUAGGGAAAUCUAUCUGAAAAAGAUUAAAAGACGUGUUGCAGAGUAUUCGGUAGAAGAAAUUAAUCCAUUUCGUAAUGGCAAGAAACUACUCGUCCUCGAUAUUGACUAUACACUCUUUGAUCACAGAUCAGUUGCUGAUCAUCCAUUACAACUAAUGAGGCCGUAUCUACACCAAUUUUUAACAGCUGCCUACGAAGACUAUGACAUAGUAAUCUGGUCUGCCACUAAUAUGAAGUGGGUUCAACUAAAAAUGAAAGAACUUGGAGUAUUAGAAAAUUCAAACUACAAAAUCGCUUUUCUGCUGGAUAAUUUGGCUAUGAUAAGUAUUCAAACUGAAAAACGCGGUGUUAUUGAUGUAAAGCCUCUUGGUGUAAUCUGGGGAAAGUAUCCACGCUACCAUAAAGGUAACACUAUCAUGUUCGACGAUGUCAGGUCCAACUUUUUAAUGAAUCCUCAAAGUGGUUUAAGGAUACGCCCUUUUCGGGAAGCGCACAAAAAUCAGCAAACAGAUAAAGAAUUACUAAAACUGAAGAAAUAUCUAAAAAGAAUUGCAAAAUUAGACGAUUUCACUGAACUAAAUCAUCGACGAUGGGAAAGGUAA